AUGAAAAUUUAUAAUAAACGCUCAUCUCAGACAGUACGACCUUGCGAAAGUAAUGUAUGCUUGAAUAAGGGUAAAUGCAUCAUAGAUGACACUGAAAAGUCGUUUCGUUGUAUUUGCUUACCAGAAUAUACAGGUGUCCUCUGUGAAACAGAAGCUGCAUGUGAACUGCAGUGCAAGAACGGUGGCCAGUGCGUACUAGAAGGCGACUUAGAGAGGUGCCACUGUUCAGCAGGCUACUAUGGUGCACUCUGCGAAUAUGAAGCUGAAGACUGUCGGCAAGCUGGAUGCAAAUUAACUGAAAGAUGUAUAUCUAACGAUUCAAAUGUUUAUUUUUGCGCUGAUAAUCAAUGUGCAACGGAACCAUGUUUUAAUAACGGAAGUGUCUUUUGUGAAUUAAGCAGUGGAUGUGAAAAAAAGCCUUGUCUAAACGGCGGUAUCUGUGUGGAUGAUACAGUCGGUUAUCACUGUCAAUGUCCAUCGGGAACUACAGGUCAACACUGUCAGGGUGAGAACUGUGAUAGUGAAGUGGAAACAGCAUGUAGUCAGGGCCAUCCGUGCAUGAAUGGCGGCACUUGCGAGAGCAGUGGUCGUUGCAUUUGCGUUGCUGGAUAUACUGGACGGCUUUGCGAAACAACAGCUGAUCUCUGUUCAGCACAAAAUAAGAUCUGCGUACAUGGAAACUGCGUUGAAAAACAUAGAGAUACAGUCUGUGAGUGUAACCCUGGCUACACAGGUGCCAGUUGUGAAGAUCCGGUGGCUAUUAUGAACAGUUCUUGUAAUCAUUACAACUGUAAAAACGGAGUAUGCUCAAACAGUUCGGGAGUUCCAAGUUGUAAGUGUAAUCCAGGUUGGCAAGGCAUUCAUUGUGACACUUUUGACGUAUGUUAUCAAAAUCCAUGCUUAAACGGCGGGAAGUGUCUACCAUACAAAGACAGUAAGCUAUCAUUCUUAGCUCUAGCAGGUUUCUCAUGCAUGUGUGAGAGCAUUUAUGAGGGUGAUCGGUGUGAACUGCUGAAGGCAGAAGCAAACUGUAAUGGACGGUGUGGUCAUGAUGAAGCUUGCAGUCUUUUCAAUGGAACUUACGUUUGCAUGAAGAAGCCUACGAGCUGUUCAGAAUGCACAAAUUCUAUUCAUUGUAUUGAACAUGAAGAAAGCGAAUUUGCGAUUUGUAUCUGUGAAUCAAAUUUUGAUGGGCCACUUUGUAGCAAUAUGAUUGAGGAUUGUGACAGCGAGAACUGCCGGGAAUAUCAAACAUGUCGUAAAAGUUACGAAAAUGAUACCACUGCGGCUUUCUGUGGUUGCGCUCCUGGACUUCAGGGAGAUAAAUGCGAAGUUUCGACUGCUGUAACAUUCAAAAAUACCUCAUUUUUUAUUCAUCAAUCUCAAACUUCUUUUGUUGGAGGCGCCUUGGCACAGUAUUAUCUUAAGUUUUCUUUUCGUACAACCACAGAAAAUACACGCAUUGUAACUGCAGAAAACAUUUUAAAUCAAAUUCAGUUUACUAUUGGUCUUCGUUCUGGUCAUUUGGUCAUUCAUUUUCCUUUAUUUACAAUGGCAGAGAUUGUUCCAUUUGCUUUGAAUGAUAACACUUGGUAUACAAUAACACUGAACAAGUUACAGACGACUGUUGAGGUCGGGGUUAGUCAGAAUGACAUCAUCAUACGCAAGGUUCAUGUUUUAUAUCAAGAAGACUUUGGGAUAUAUUGGACGAGGUUUGGGCGUGUUCGUGACGGAAGUUUUCGUGGUUGCAUGCGAGACAUUGAAAUCAAUAAAGAAAAAUUUGAUCUAACAAAAUCAACACAUUCCGUUGGCAUUGUUGCUGGAUGUCAGAGGGAAGAACAAUGCCGACCAAACCCGUGCCAGAAUGAUGGGAAAUGCAUUGAUGAAUGGAACAGUUUUUACUGCGAAUGUAAGCGACCGUAUUUACCACCGUACUGUAUUCAGAAGUUAGAAGAAGUGACGUUUGGUAAUGAAAAUAUGUCUUCCCAACUGCAAUAUGAUAUUGCAAAUGAUUCUGAUGACGUUAAAAUGGAAACCGAUCUGAGCUUUCUUUUAAGAACUAAUAAGCCUGAUGGAUCAGUUUUAUAUAUUGGAGAAAAGGACCUUAACGAUUUCGGUACAUUUUUGUCAUUAUUUUUAAAUGGGGGUUUGUUACAAGUAAAAGCUCGGCUUGGUGGAAAAAAUAUUUUUUCGAGUGUCUGUCCAGGACGUGUCGACAAUAAUCACGCAGAAAUUGAUGGAAAAACCUGCCUACGUUUUGAAAUAACUAACCGAUUUGAUCAUCCGUUGCUGGCAGACGCGUUAAUCGUUGGUGAUGCAGAAAAUGCACCUAAGGAAGCUUUCGAAGAAGAUAGCUAUUUUAAAGGCACGAUACAAGACUUACAAAUUAAUGGAAAGUCUGUAGCUCUAUUUGAACCAGUAGCUAACAUUACAACCUUAGGUGUUCAAAUCGUAAAGCGUAAUAUUUUGAAGGGAACUGUAUCAGAUGACGUUUGCGGUAAACAUAACCUUUGCGUUAAUGGUGGUUGCAUAAAUACCUUUAACGAUUUUGAGUGUUCUUGCGAGUUCUCCUGGACUGGUAAAAAAUGUGACGAAAAAGAUCACUGCGCUGUAUCAUCUUGUGGGAGAUUUUCUACUUGCACCAAUUACAAAGGAGGAUACACAUGUACUCUUCCUGCAACUUUUGUGGAAAAUUCAAUGGUAAAACUGGUUCUACAUUCAAGUUACGAUGUAGAUGCAUAUGAUUCAAAUUUUACUUUCUCGAUAAGGACAAGGUCGAAAAUCGGUCAAAUCUUCUACUUGGAGUCUAACAGAAGUCGUCUAAGCAUCAAUUUGAGAAACGGUCAUUUUAACAUUCAAGCCGCUUAUGAGAACCAAAAAAUUGCGAUGGAAGUUCUGAAUGUUGUAAAUGACGGUUCGUGGCAUAAACUGACCAUUGCUCAAAACACAGUUUAUGUUGACGAAAAGCCACUAAAAGAAAAUUUUGUAUUUGACGUCAAAAAAAAUGUUACUCAUUUUAUUCUUGAAAGAAAAAUGAAUAUAAGGGACGAUGGCUGUCAUUCUGAACCUUUAUGUGGUGAUUAUAAUCCAUGCAAAAAUGCUGCUGUUUGUCGUGAUCUUUGGAAUUUGAGGGUGUGUAACUGUAGGCCUGGAUUUACUGGAUCGCUCUGUCAGGAAAACAUCAACGAGUGUAAGAACCACAGGUGCGUUCAUGGCGACUGUGUAGAUGGCGUCGGCAAUUGCCAAUGUUAUCCAGGUUAUUCUGGACCUUACUGUGACCGGUCUAUUGACUACUGCGAUCCAUCUCCUUGUAUGAGCAACGGUAAAUGCGUUUCUCGCAAUGGAACAUUUUUCUGCGAGUGUCCUUCACCAUUUGUAGGCUCCAGGAGCUCACAGAGUGUUCCUCUCGACCUUGCCGAAACGAUGCUGUUUGUCAUAAUAAGGAGUGGUGUGGCGUCCCUUUUACAGAAAUCGUUCAUCUGUGAAUGUCCAGAAGGUUUUGAAGGAAGAUUAUGCGAUGUGAAGACCAAUUUUUGUUUGAAAAAUCCUUGCAAAAAUGGAGGGAAAUGCAUUUCUCAUAAAUCUGGUCCUACCUGCGAGUGUGCCGAUGGCUACGAAGGAUUGUUCUGCGAAAAACUUUCUGAUGAAUGUCAGAAUUCGCCCUGUGUUCAUGGUUCUUGUAAUAGCAUAUGGAAGGGAUACUUAUGCGAUUGCGAGAAAGGAUGGAAGGGCUCAAAAUGUAAUAUUGAUGAAGACGAAUGCGUCGAAUUUCCUUGCGAAAAUGAGGGAAAGUGCGAAAAUACAGAAGGCGGUUAUCGUUGUUCCUGUCCUCAGUACUUUUAUGGUAAUAACUGUGAAAUAGUCGGGUCUUGUGUUUCGAGGCCCUGCGGUGAUCACGGAACCUGCAUUCAGCUGAAUACGACGGAAUACGUUUGUGACUGUAUUCACGGGUUUACGGGAGUUCAUUGCGAAGAACAAAUAGACUACUGCAGUUCUAGUCCUUGCUUAAACGGUGCCACCUGCGAAAAACUAGUUGGAUCUUUCAAGAUAAAUGGAUACGAAUGCGACUGCGCUGGAACAGGCUAUAAAGGCCAAAGGUGUGGCGAAGACGUUGACGAGUGUUCUGAAGGUUUAUGCAAAAAUGGCUUCUGUCAUAACCUUCUUGGGUCGUACAACUGUGAAUGCGAUUUUGGCUACAUAGGAAAAAAUUGUAACAAAGAGGAUCCUUGUUUACCAGACAAGGAAAAUCAAACGAUGCACGACUGUUUGCACGGUAAAUGUGUCCAUCCAAGUGUAGUACUUGAUGGUGGAGGUCAGGAAGUCGUGCACUAUGAAUGUGAAUGUUUUACAGGGUAUACAGGUGCACAGUGUAGUGAAAUUAUAGGACAAAAGAGGUCAGUAUCCCUUGGUUAUAUUGCUGGGCCCGUCAUUGCAGUUUUAGUUGCGUUCAUAGUAAUUGGUUGUGUAUUACUGGGAAUCGUGACGUUAAAAGGGCGCAGACGUAUCCAGGGAACGUACAGCCCAUCUGGUCAAGAAAUAACUAGCUCUCGAUUGCCAGUCUUAACAGGUUUAAUAGACGAAGUUUUUGAGUUGAAAUUGCCUAAUGAGAUCGGUGACUGUAAGUCUUUCAGCCAGCUUCAUAUAGAACAGCAUCCUCAGCGUCCAUUGCGAGCAAGUUCUAAUUCCCCCUUCUCUGCUCAGCUAAGUUUCAAAAGAAAAAAGGAAAAACUUGCUGUGUCAAAAGAGUGCAUCUAA